UUGGAAUUAGGGAGGAGGUAUAAGAAAUGGGCCAAUUCCAAAGGGUCAACUGGAGUGUGUAUUUACCUGAAUUCCCAGGGGAUGGGGACUAUGCGUUCUGAGUGUGUAAACACUGGAGAUCAGGAGCCCAAAGAGCUGCUUCAAAGCAAGCAAAAGAAGCAAUUGUUUUCUCUUUCCUUCUUUCUUUCUUCCUUUCUUCCUUUCUUUCUUUCUUUCUUUCUUUCUUUCUUUCUUUCUUUCUUUCUUUCUUUCUUUCUUUUUUUUUAGGACAGGGUCCUUCUGUGCAGGCCUGACCGUCCUGGAACUUAAUUUGUAUACUAGGCUAGCCUCAAACUCACAGAAAUCCUCUGCCUCCCAAAUGCUGGGCUUAAAGGCAUGUGCCACCACCACCUGGCUCUCAUUUUUUGGGACAGUAGGCCAGGCUGUCCCUGGACUCACUUUAUAGUUAUUGAUCUCAAACUGCUCCUCCUGUCUACACCUCCCACAUGUUACAGUCAUAGGCAUGUGCAGCCAUGCCUGGCCAUAGAGGGCAGUUUGUUUAUUUUACAUAUACAUUUGAGACAGGGUCUCAGUAGGUAGCCCUGGCAUCUACCUGCCUCUGCCUCCUGAAAGCUGGGAUUAAAGGUGUGUGUCACCAUGCCCCACCUAAGAAAAGCAAUUUUUAAAAAAAAAAUUUUUUUAAAGAUUUAUUUAUUUAUUUAUUAUGUAUACAGUGUUCUGUCUGCACAUAUCCCUGCAGGCCAGAAGAGGGCACCAGAUCUCAUUACAGAUGGUUGUGAGCCACCAUGUGGUUGCUGGGAAUUGAACUCAGGACCUCUGGAAGAACAGCCAGUGUUCCUAACCGCUGAGCCAUCUCUCCAGCCCAGAAAAGCAAUUUUUAAGGACAAUCUGUUUUCCUCGGAAGCAUCGAAAGGUGUGCAUAACAGAAAUAGGUUAACUGUGGACCUUCUGGGGAAGAGGAAACCUGUGACUGGUUCUCAUGGUGUGGAGUGCCGGGUUACAGGACCACGGGUAGUUAGCUAUAGGGACUGUGGAGAGCGUCUGCAGCUGAGCAGAAGCUCUCUCCAGUGCAUCUAACUUACGUCCAACUCCAUCCUGCUACCUUAGCAGCUAGCUCCACCUUCCUCCUGGAGAAUAUGUGCUCUGUCAUUUCAAUUUAGAAAGAAGGGAAAAAGUCCCAACCAGGGCCGCAACACAGCCCUUUUCUUUCUCUGCCUUUGUUUCCUGAGUGCUUAGGAAACUGGCUGAACAUUCUUCAUUUACCAAUAAAGUCAUUUUGUGUGGAAAUAGGGCUGGAUUUUUACUAACUGGUCAUGGGUUUGGCCUGGGCUCAACUCCCAGCACGGAAUAAAAAAGAAAAAUGUAUUGCUAAAACAAAUCACCAUACAAAAAUUUUAGCCAUUUAGAAAUACUUGACUGUUUCAAAUAAGAAUUGAGGAUUGUCUCAAAAGUAUAGUAUGAUAGAAAAACACUUAGAAUUUCACAAUGAAAAGACUUCAAAGUCAGUCUCCACUGUUGACGUCUGUACAAGGCAAGGAUUCCGUAGAGCCUCGGUUUUCCCUAUAAGGGGCCUUCCAGUCCUGCCUCAUUAGGUUGCUGUAAGAAGUACAGCACCCAGCAGAGGGUUGGCAUUUAGGGAAAACUCUAAAUCAGCAGUUCUCAACCUGUGGGUCGUGACAGGGGGUGGCGGGGUUGGGGGUGUGUGCUGAAUGACCCUUCCACAGGGGUCACCUAAGACCAUUGGAAAACACACGAUAUUUACAUUAUGAUUCAUAACAGCAAAAUUACAGUUAUGAAGUAGCAAGGAACAUUUUAUGGUUGGGGAGUCUCCACCACAUGAGGAGCUGUAUUAAAGGGUCACAGCGUUAGGAAGGCUUGAGAACUACUGCUCUAGAUGCUUUUGAAUCUGAGCAGAAAAAUAAAACACAAGUUUACAAAGCUUGAGGUCUAAAAGCAACAUCGUGGAUAUAUUCUAAGUAACUGAGUUGGCGUGUUCAAAUCUGUUUACUUAUCUCUCGUCUCUGUGGAAGUGACUUUGUCUUGCCUCCUAGCCUAGGUUCCUAAGGGAGGAGUAGAGCAUGCUGCCAGGCACUAUGGGGCAGAAAUAACAUGAUCACACCGCAAGUCACUCUGGAGUUUGUUUUGGUUGUUGAGGUGACAUUUAAUCACUAAGAAACGGUAAAGAAUGGUUUUGUCAGUCCACCGUAACUACUGAAGGCAAACAUUUUCAGUCUACCUGCUUGCCAGCGCUCCUGACUGGAUGGGUGGAGCCAAAGCUUUCUUUCCUGGAUGGGACAUUCUUUGGGCAGUGUUAGAGUUGCUGAGGCAACUUCCUUGCUGGAACAUGGAAUGAUUUCAUUGAUUUUUUUCACUGCACUGAAAAAGAAUUGUCUGGGUUCUAUUUAAUUAGAAAUUGGGGGAAAAAAUAGAACUGGAACUUUCUAGCCAAGGCAGGUCUCAGCUUUCAUGGAACUGUGAAGCCAGAAAGGUCCAGUGUUGGAGCAGCAGGGAUUCGGAGCAGCACAAGAAACCAUGGAUGGUGUGUAUAAGCUCUCCUCCACAGAAAAGAUACAGCUGUUAGAGAAGGACCUGGCCGUAAAGCUAAGCGAACUGAAGGCUGAUCUGGAAGAGCGGGCGCUCCUUCCGGGAACAGCUAACUGGACCUUCAGCUCCGUUCAAAUUCCAAAGGAUGUCGCUUACUUUAGACGCGAACGGGAAGUGGCCCUGAAGAGAACCCUCCGGGUGGCGGAGUCCAAGCCCCUUAUUAUUCAGGCAGAUGUCCUGCAGAGGGAGCUAGAGAGCUGCCUAAGGAGAGAGUACACGCCGGAAAAUCUUCCUCUGCUUCUGCUGCAGUAUUACACAGAGAGAAUCACACACCUGACCCAGAGUAAACAUUUGCACAUGCUGAGGUGGAAGCGACUCUGCCAGACCAGCGAGGCCAUGGAAGAGCUCCUCCCUCUUUACAAGAAGCAAGUCGGCUACAUCAUGCAGGAGUUCAACGAUGCAGUUCAGAGGGCAGAAAGACUGUCAGCGGCUAGAGACAACUUCCUUACGGGAAAAAGCAAUCCCCCCACCCUCGUGACACCAGAAGACCUGACGAUUUAUACCAGGUGGUUAGUGUGCCACCUGCACUCCCUCAGGACCAUCCAUCACUACCUGCAGGCUCUCCAGUGCCUGCCCAUCUCCAGAGUGCUGCAGAGUCUGCCUCAUAACCGACUCUCUGAAUCCUGUGAGGAACAAGAAAAAGCCUGUGUAGGUGACCUUAAGUCCGCAUCUCCUGGUCCCACGGACGCCAGCAUUUCAGGGAGAAGAGGUGCUGCCUGCGUCCUGCCUCAGCAUGUGACAGAGAAGGAGGAAGUGAAACCCCAGCUGAGGCACCUGCUCUCACAUUUCCACAUCCCCUACGACUUAGAAAAGCUGAGUGACUGGGCCGAAGAGAUGGAACUCUUUUCUUUGGUUUCUCAGAACUUCCAAAACAUCUUCACGGAGCAACAAAGGAUGCGAACGUUCCAAGACUACGAGGCCGGGAGAGCGAAAGUGCAGAAUUUGUCAGGACCUGCUGCUACCCUGAAAAAGAGAGCUGCCUGGGUUCCCUUCGUGAAGGUCAAACCGAAACGUGAUCCUUGGCAGAAGAGGAUGUUAACCAGACUCAAAGAACGGAAGAGAAGAGACGAGCUGAUGCAGCUCCAGUCACAGUUUUUGAAGAUUUCUGACCCCGGGAAAGUCUUGCAAGUGCUCCAGGAUCACGCUGUGAAGACAGUGACUAUGGCUCCGCAUCGCUCAUCUUCCACAACCUCUCAGGCUUUGCAUCUGUGUGACUAUGAUCAAGUCUGGCAGAAUAUUUAUAGCAACACCAGGCUCUACCAGCAUGAAAAUGUGAAGGAUGAUGGUCUCUCGGUGGAACCCAGCAACGACAACAUUGCAAAAAUACAUCUCAGCCAAAGUUCUGAUGGAUCUCUCAAGCAGAAACCAGGGACAGGAUACAACUAUGCUGUGACCCUCCAGCUGCUGGGCUUGAGUGAUGAGACGGAGCCUGACCGGAAUCCUGUCCUGCUGAGAGGGGCCUACUUAUCUUUCCUGUGUCUGCGCCACCUGCACAUCCGGGAGCUACAGCGCGCCUGUCUGGGAGUUCUUAACUACUUCAGAUCCGUGGAGCGAACUUUGACAAUUAACACUUCAGGCCUUACCUUGGUUUCAGGGAACCUGGUCCCCACCAUGGGAGAUAAUUCUUGGAUAAAUAUGUCAAAAGGAGGCUUGGGCACCUCGCAAGGCCUAGGUGCUCACCACUAUAUCCAUGGGACACCUGCUGAGCACAAGGUCCAUGGCGGGCAAUUCCUGGAAUUCUCGGAAGCUGAAAAUCAGGAUGACUUCCACAGCAUGCAAGCUGGCUGUGUCCACACUCAGGACCAGCUCGGCCUGUAUAUCAUGUAUGACGACGCCUUGCAGGAUUUGAAGGAGCUGGAGUCAGAGCUGCUGCUCAUUGCCAGCCAUUUCAUUGAGAAAGAGAAAAGUCACAGAGAGGACAGCAAAUCAGAGAGCAGCCUGAACUGGGACUGGGCCCACGCCGGGGUGGACAGGUUUGCCGUGCUGUAUGACCUGUGGACCUGGGAAGCGAAUCUUCUAGAGAGCAAACGCCAGCUUCUCGAUAGCUACCUUGAAGCCUACCAGCACACAUUGGACCCCGAGGAGCGGUUCACUUUAGCACAAGCCAUGACUGACAUUAUGCAUCGGCGCCCCAAGUUUGAUCUCAGCCACUCGUAUUUCACUAAGGCCUACCAAGAUGACUGUACCUGCCUGAGGCUUCACCGGCAGCUAGUGAGGGGCAUCCUCAGCCACCACCGAGAGCAGCAGCGGGAAUAUGUCCAGAGGCUCUGGCGAGGGGAUCAUCCUGCGGCUCACGAGACGUUCGGACUUCCCCUGAACAUAAUUUGCAGGCAGUUUGUUUCCAUCAACAACAGCUGCCCAGCCUCCGAAAAUGUCCAUCUGUUGGAGUUCCACCCUUCUCUUGGCCUGAUUGGGCUCAUCCCCAGAGCCCUGGAGCACCUGUUGCGUGAGGCUCGCCACGCCCACAAGCCUGCAUCACCCAGUGGGCUCGCCCAGCUGGAACAACACGUCUUGCAGCUUGCCCUGGACCUGUGGCUCACCCCAGCCAGGCCUGAGGACUGGUACAGCACACAACUCCAGAGAGAUCUCUUUUCAGCUAAAGUGAUGGGGGACCCCUUCCUCGUGGAGGAGGUGGGCCUGCGUGCGCUCAGGUCUGCUUCGGACGAAGGGCAGAAACAAGGCCAAGAUUUCCAUGCAUUGCUCCUGGAGACGUUUUCGAAACUUCUGGAACUCCUGACCCUCCGUCACCGGCUGAUAGAAAUGAGUGUGGAGAGUGCAUACUUGGCUCGGCUGUAUAAGGAAUCGGCGCGGGAGAUGGGUUUUGAAGAAUUCCAUUUGUAUCUGAGGCCUGUUCCCUUCCAGUUUGCAUCACACAAGGACAAGGUGGACCCGCCCCCUCCUGUCUUUAUGACUUCCUUGCUGGAGGACAGCGGUCGAGUAGACAGAUACUCCCCCACCACCCUCGUCUUAGCCGUCUCUGAGCUGGACGAUAACCAAAUUGGCAAGUUCAGUUUUUAUACAAAAGACGCCAUCCUGAAGCUCUUGCUCCAUUCAGGAGUGGAAAACAUGCAAGUGGCCCUCGCAUGCCAAACUGCUCAGAAAAAUGCUCUGAUGGUGGCUGUUCAACAGGUGUCCUUCUAUGACAUCCCUGGAGUAGACAGUCCUGUGGAUAGCAAGGAAACAAGUUCGGCUCUGAGGCAUCAUGGCAGAAUGAGUCCAACCAGAAGAGAUUCCAGAACUUUGAACGGCAUAGAAUGUCUGCUAUUGGCCCCAACUCCAAAAGCUCCAGACACACUUACUCAUUCUUCCCAAGGAUCUAAGACUACCAAAAGGGCUCCAGAGGCCUUUGUGUCUAUUCAACUAGAAAAGGUGGGUUUGCGGGACACGAUGCUGAACACCUUCCUGAGCAGAAAACAGAGCAUGGCUGACAGGAUAGAGAACCCUGAUGACAUUGAAAAAGUCAAGAGGGAACUAAUAGUUGAGUAUUGCCAAAAGCUGAACGGUCGCAUGUCCCACUCUGCCCUUCGGGGUCAGAUCAUGGUGUACUGCAAUAGCCUGAGAGUUCUGCUGGACGACUUCCCUACCAUCAGGGACACCUUCUUCAUGGUGGGACAGCCAAAUGAAAAGAAGGGCUUGAAGGACUCCAGUGGGGAAUUCAAGACGGACCCCAGGGGUUUUCAGCCUCGGCCUCGAAGUCUGCUGUCAGCUGACGGAAGAGUCUUCCUCAACUUAUGGUUUAUUCCCCAUCCUUCCGAAGUGCUGCUUAUGUUCAAAACGCUGCCAGAGAAGGCAGCUUUCAGAGCCCUGAAGCUGACUCUCCAGCUGGUAGCUUCUCUCCACGACAUUGUGGCCUACCUUUUCAGUUUUGCCAAACUUGGUGAUUGCCCAGCAUGCUUCGACGCUCCUCUAAGCCCUCACCCUGUGAGGAGUGACUGGGGAGGCGCCGAGGGUAUUGGGUCUGAGCUUCAAGAACUGCAGAAAAUGAUUGACAGUCUCCAGAGGCCCCAGGACCCGAGCCAGGUGGCCCAGGCCCUCCUCCUCCGAAGGGAGGUGACGUGGCUUCAGUUUGAUGCCGCAAUGAGACAUCUCCUCCGAACAUUUUUGGCAGCAGGAAACGCUCCCGCCCACCAGUCUGUCACAGAAGGUGUGUGCCAUGGUUUGCCACCGCUGAGCAACUCCCUCGGGAGGAGCAUCUUUGCUUCACAGCUCAGCCUGCCCCAGCCGCUGCAGCCACGGGACCUCCAGGCAUUGACGAUGUUCCCAUGGAGGGCAUUUCUGGAAGAUGGUGGACCGUUUCCAGCUAGGAGCAGCGUCCCAAACACCUUAGAGUAUGAUAUGCAGAUGUGUCUCUGCGGGCUGAGUGACCGUGACCGCAAAGUGGCCCACAGAGAGCUGGUGGGUGUGCAGACGCUAAUGGAAGACGUACUUCUGAGCAGCUAUCAUGUGAUCAUGGAGGCGUCUGAAUGGCAAGCCACACUGGGCAACACCCAGCCAGAUUGGUCCAAACUGUCAGGACUCUGCCCGAGUCAGUCGGAAAGUCACCCAAAGGCCUCUGUGUUGCUGGAGCGCCCGUGUGAUGCAGUGAUGUCCCUUGCUCUGAUGAAGUCCUUCCUCAUCCUGUGGAAGCAGCUGGAAGUGCUGAAGGAACACUGGGGCCGACUCAGGCUUCAAGGCCAGGAGAUCAACUCUGCCCCGCUCUACAAACAGUUCUCAGAGCUCUAUGAAGCUGACAUUUUUUAUCCCAGCAUGAAAGCGUUAGCCAGGCAGAUGGGCAAAGAGGAUGAAUUUGAAGGACUUAUGAUAAGAAGCCAAUCUAUUCUUCCCCCAAAGGGAGCCUCAGAAAUUGAAAUAAAAACCCAGCAGCUCCAGAAACUUCUGGAAAGUUUAGAAAUUCAUAUGAUCCAAGAGGUAUUGAGGAAAGUUAAUAGAGAGAUAACCCUGCUCCUAUCAGAAAAGUCCAAGGACGAGUCUACACUCCCGACAGACCUUUGGAAACACCAAGUCAUGAAAGAAAACUUUUCAGUUGUGAGACCCCAGAUAGUUGAGCGAUUUGUACAGAGAUUAAUGGAGAAGUCCCAAGACAACGGACCCGAGAUCUCUUUCAGGAGGGAGCACCUUGAAGCCUGCCUCCUCUCCCUGGGGUGCGAUGUGAUGGCAAGAGAACGCAGCAACUUCGAGACCUACUCCAUGUGUUACGAGCAUCUCCUGCAACAUGCCAGGGAGAAGCUCAGCCAGAGGGAGCAGGAAGUAGACUUGCUUCAAAGAAGUCAAGUUCCUCCUGAAGACUGUGCUGGUCAGCUUGCAGAGCUCAGUCAUGACAUGAUCAUGGAAAUCACGGCUCUGAGAGCCCAGCUCACAGAUCGGGAAGAGGAGACUCUGAGUCUAAAACACCAGACUAGAAAAGAAGUCCAGGAGGAAUACAGAGCGUUAGUGCAAGCUUUGUUUAUGACCUGCUUACACAUCAAGGAGAAGCUGGAUGAGAAUCAGUUUCAGUUGAUCCAGAAAGUGUGUGAGCUCAUCGGUGAGGUGAGAGCCGAAGGGAUUGCCAAUAUGAAGCAGCUAAAGAAAACCUGGGGCUCUGCCAGACCUGACGGAGGAGCAGAAGAGCACGCCGCCAAAGAGCAGCUGCGCCCCUUGGAGCAGGACAACAGCAACACCCUGGCUGCUCUAGUGUGCAAAGCGAGGAGCCUGGGCCGCUGGCGCCUGGCUGUGCAGGAGGCUCGCCUCAGAGGUCAGCUGAGCAGGGCAGAGAAGGAAUCCACUCACAGCAAAAGAGAAUGCUUGAGAACCAAGCUAAUGGCAGCGCAAGAAGUGAAUCUCCUUCAGCAGCAGCUGCUGGCCGUGCGGCAGGCCCUGGCCGAAGCUCAGACUGACAACAGGAAGCUGUGGCGGCAGCAGGACACCCAGGCUCAGCUGCUGAGGGAGUUGGGACACAGAGUGACUCGAGACUCUGUCACUCAGCAGCAGGUGGAGAGCAUAAAAACAUCUGGCCUGGAGAAGCUCCUGGAAGACGUGGAGCAGAAGGAACACCAGCUGCAGCUCCUGACGGAAGAGGCCGAGCGGGCUUCAAGACUGGGCCAGCUGCAGUGGAGGAAGACGGGCAGGGACCUGCAGCAGAUGAGAAGCCGGCUUGCUCGGGAGCGCAGUGUGAAGCUAGAUGCCUUGCGAUGUGUGCGGGAGCUCGAGAGUCAGCUUCAUGACACGGAGCAGUCAUCUCCCCAGAUGGGCUCCCCAAGGGGGUUUCUAUCCCAGACCCACUGCUCCCUAAACUCUGCGUCAGCAUUAUCCAGAUGUUCUCACCACCGUUUUCCAAGGACUGAUCUUCUGGGCAGUAAAGUGACAGGAAGGAUUCAAAGACCGAAGACUGUACCAAUUAAGCACAAAAAAAGGACUGAUGAGGGUUUUCUACCCAAUGUGGCAGAAAAUGUUCAACUUACAACUUUUCAAGUCCAAACAGCUCCAUCCGGGAUUUCAUUCAGACCUGACAGCUUUUCUUCUAGGCAUGUGGCAGACAAUAUUGAAGAACUGAGAUGAAUUCAUCUCAAGUGUCCAGAUGAAGCCAGAUUUGGUCCCAGAUCUGAAAACAUUCACACACUGGUUUGCGUCCUACAAGCUCUUUCCGGUUCCUGGCUGUCCAACUGUCUCUCGGCUUCAGUUUUGAGUAACAAGGUAGACAGGGUGGUCCAAGACAGAGGGCCUUGAUGCUGAGCUGUCAUCCUUACUAAGAAGUGAAGACCCAGGCUUGGGCUGGCUCGUUUGCUAAGAGUGCUGGCCACUCUUAGGACCCCUGUUCAGUUCCAGCUCCCACAUGACAGCUCACAGUUAUCUGUAACUCUAGUUCCAGGGGAACUGAUGCCCUCUUCUGGCCUCUAUGGGUACUGGUCAUGCAGGUGGUACACAUACAUACAUGUAGGCAAACAUACACAUAAAAUAAAAAUAAAUCUUUACAUGUUAUUAAAAACAUUACAGUUCAAUAAAAAUUCAUUCAAACAAAUUUCAAAGCAUUUUUUUAUUUUACUUAAAUGUAUCAUCCUUUCUUAAGUCUUUUUAUUUCUUCCUGCAAAUGCUAAAACUCUUAACUUUAUACAACUUUUUAUAAAAAGAAGAUUUAUUUUAUUUUAUGUGUAUGAGUGUUUUGCAUGCAUGUAUGUAUGAGCACAUUCAUGCCUGGUACCAGAAAAGUGAGAAGAGGUCAUCAGAUUCCCUGGGACUGAAGUCGUAGAUGGCUGGGGGUCUAGGAAUCAAACCUGGGUCCUCUGCAAGGGAAGUGCUCUUAACCACUGAGCUAAUUCUCCAGUCCACUUUAGUAAAGUCUUAAUCCAAUGCCUUUCCUUGUUCAGACUAGAAAAUCUAUCUUGGGUAAGAGAUGAAUGGGUCAAAAUAGACCAAAGAAAUGUAUUUACAUGUGUGUCUAUACAUUGCCAUAGUCGGAUCUUAAAUGUCUCCCAAAGGCCCACUAUGCUGAUAAGAUUUUUGGCAAGCUGACUCAUGCUAGUGUCAUUUGGAACAAGGGACAAACAAUUGAAGAACUGCCUCCAUUGGAUUAGCCUAUGGGCAUAUCAAUAGGGCAUUGUCUUGAUUAACGAUGGAUGUGGGAGAAUCUAAGCCCAUUGUGAGCAGUGCCACCCCUCAGGAGGUGGUCCUGGAUUGUGUAAAAGAGCAGGCUGAGCAAGCCAUGGGAAGCUAACCAGUAACCAGUAUUCCUCUGAUUUAAGUUCCUGCCUUGACUUCCCUCAAGGAAGGUCUGUAACCUGUAAGCCAAUAAAUGGCUUCUUCCCCAAGUUAUUUUAGUCAGCGCUUUAACAAAACACCAGAGAGGCAAACUAAGGCGGCCGCUCUCUAGGGAACUGAAGUGAAGGCUACCCAUUUUCUACUCUGUCAAAAACAUAAUUAAAAAUGGAUGAAUUUGUACAGGCUUCGAAGGAGCAGAGGGUAACAGAGGAAAAGUUCCAACAACUUGUAGCAGGGUGACCACAAGAGUGUGUUUCAGGCUCCUUCAAAGAUGGGUGCAGUUGCUGAAGAGAUUAGCAUCAAUAAUAGCAUCAAUAAAAAGAAGCUACAUGGCUAGCCAUAUAUGUGGACGCUUGGUCACUGGGAAGCAGAACUCUGAAAGGAUUUGGAUUAGGUGGUGUGGCCUUGUGGAGCAUGCCACCAUACUUCCGGCCAUGAUGAGAAUGGACUAAGCCUCUGAAGCUGUAAGUCAGCCCCAAUAAAAGCUUUCCUUUACAGGGGUUACCAUGUCAUGGUGUCUCUUCACAGCAGCAGAGUUCUGACUAAGACAGUGGUGAGGCUGACUAAGCAUUCACGUGUUGCUUCUAUGUGAGUGAUAUGGAUCUAAACUAGGUCCUCCCACUUGCUCUUGUACAGUGCUCACCUGUAAUCCCAAUGCCACGAGGAGGGGACAGGAAGAUCCCAGGAACUCGCGGGUCAGCCAGUCUAGGCAAUCAGUGAAGGUCCAAACUCACUGAGAGAUCCUGUCUCAAAAAAUAAGUGGAGAACAAUUGAAAAAGACAUCUGAGAUUG